CGAGCCCGCCCGGGUGCAGUCCCCGCUCCGCGCCACGCCGCCGCGCAGUCCCCGCGCCGCUCCGUGGGCCGCCGGAGCCGCACGUCGGGCCGCCCUCCUCUUCUUCCCCACCGCCGCCGCCUCUCGCUAUGAAUGCACGCUGGGCCCUGCUCUCCGCCGCCUUGCUCGCCAGCCUCCUCUGGGAUUUACCUUGCUGCCUCCCGGCUUCUCUCCCCGCCGCCUCGGAGCUCACCGCCUCCUCCAAGGGUGGACGGGGCCGCAGGGUGACGCGGACUCCUCGGGACAACCGCCCGCGGCAAGGGGGACACGCCGUGGGCCGGGCGCUCCCACGAGCGGAACCUCACGAGUACAUGCUGUCUCUGUUCAGGACUUACUCAAUCGCGGAGAAACUGGGCAUCAACGCCAGCUUUUUUCAGUCGUCCAAAUCUGCCAACACCAUCACUAGUUUUGUAGACAGGGGACGAGACGAUCUCUCGCCCGCUCCCUUGAGGCGGCAGCAGUAUGUGUUUGAUGUAUCGACCCUCUCCGAGAUGGAGGAGCUGGUGGGGGCCGAGCUGCGGAUCUUCCGCCGGGCCCCCCGCGGCCGCCCGCUGCCCGCCGCCCCGCUGCACAUGCAUCUCUUUCCCUGCCUCUCGCCGCGGCCGCUGGACUCCCGCGCCCUGGACCUGCGGGCGGCCCCGGCCGCCGGCUGGGAAACCUUCGACGUGCGGCAGGGCCUGCGGGAGCAGCGACCCUGGAAGCGGCUGUGCCUGGAGCUGCGGGCCUCGGCGGGCCGCGGGCCGCCGCGCUGGCUGGACCUGCGGGACCUGGGCUUGGGCCGCCGGACGCGGCCGCCGCAGGAGCGGGCGCUGCUGGUGGUCUUUACCCGCGCCCGGCGGCGGAGCCUCCUGGGGGAACUGCGCGCCGAGCUGGGCGCGCCGCCGCCGCCGCCCGCCGCCCGUCGCCCGCCGCCCCGGCGCCAACGCCGCACCGCCUUCGCCAGCCGGCACGGCAAGCGGCACGGCAAGAAGUCCCGCCUGCGCUGCAGCAAGAAGCCGCUACAUGUCAACUUCAAGGAGCUGGGCUGGGACGACUGGAUUAUAGCUCCACUGGAGUAUGAGGCCCAUCACUGCGAGGGGGUCUGCGACUUCCCGCUGCGCUCCCACCUGGAGCCCACGAACCACGCCAUCAUCCAGACCCUCAUGAACUCCAUGGACCCCGGCUCCACGCCGCCCAGCUGCUGCGUCCCCACCAAACUGACUCCCAUCAGCAUCCUCUACAUCGACGCGGGCAACAACGUAGUAUACAAGCAGUACGAGGACAUGGUGGUGGAGUCCUGCGGCUGCAGGUAGCGGGCGGGAUCCCCCUCGGCGGCAGCCGGGGCUGCGUCUGGCGGAGAUGCGACUAGCGGGGGCCUCCCGCGUCCGCCCGGAGCGUGGCUGGGGCGACGGGGACCGGCGGGCGGCGCGGAGGGGCGUGUGGCGGCGGCGGCUCCGGCGCCGGUUUGCUGCGGCGGCAGCUGGGACUCGGGCAGCGCCUGCCCGCGGCUGCCGCGCGGUGAAGGGCGAAAGAGCAGGGCAGGCGGCGAGGCCGCCGCCUGGUCCCUUCCCCGCUUCCCUUCACGCCCCCGGGGUUUAUCUGGUGAUCUGUCCUCCUCCUUUCGAAGGUGAAGGCAAUUUACCAAGUACAAAAAGAGUCGGGGGAGGGAGAGGGAGCAGACUGAGCCCUCUCUCUGAAGUUGCUCCGAAAAGGGCUGUUUCAUUUCUUCCCUCUUUCACAUUCCUGCAAGAUUACCAGCCAGAAAUAGCCUACGGCCCCCUACCCCCCAAAGGAAAAAACAAAAAAAAAGAAAAAAAAAAUCUCAAGAUUGUAAUUACAAGUUAGGUUUUAUUUUAAGACAGCGAUGAAAAACUGUGAAGAGCGAAGUGUUACAGAAAGCACAGCCUGGGUGGAUUGGAAAGGAAGCUCCUUUGGAUUUCACAACCAGUGCAAGGAUGCCAUUGCCAGAUCCCUAGGUAGCUCUAGUUUGGCAGCCCUCAAAACCUGCAGCAGUAUUAUACGCAAAUGUUGUGCUGGAAAAGGCAUUUUGUGUAAGAUUUCUGUUUCUUUCCCACCUUUGGUCUCAGCUAUGGCUUCACCUGAGGAAAGCGCACUUCGAAGCAUGCCUAGCCCUUUCUUAAUGUAACUAUUAUGUUCUUAGUUUCAGGCUUUCCCCCACUGAUCUCUAGAAUUGUUGGCUUAUCUGGUUUUGCAGAGCUAUAAACUGGUGGAAAAAAAAAAAAGAAAAAAAAAAAAAGAAGAGAAUAAUAAUAUAAAAUGGUAAUGAAAAGACUCGACCAGGAGCAAUAAUUUAAAAUGCACAUUUUGUUUUGGAUGCACUGUUGUUCAUAUAAAAGUUGUAAAUAUUUGUUUAUUUAAACAGACUGAAAAGUGCAAAAUGGAGAUGAACAACAUGCAUUUCUUUUUUUUUUUUUUUAAAUGUACAAAACAUUAUAUGCACUCGAAAUGUUAUAAUUUUUAAUAUUUUUAAAAGUUUAUAUUUGAGUUGUACAGAAUUAAGCAUUAGUCAAAUAUUUCAUCCUUACUUAACAUUAUCAUUUCCUUAAGAUAUUACAAGAUUUAAAUUCUGUGCUAAAAAUGGAGAAAAGAACUUUUUUUUUUUUACUGUCUACCUCACUAUAAUGCAAGUAUUUACAACUCUAAAGUUAUCUGAGGUAAAUUAAUAUUCAGAAUAUUUUUACAAUACACCUUUACUGGACGAUACUACAACUAUUACUGUAUUAUUAAACAUUUUUUUUCCCAAAAGCCAGCUUGCUUUUAUAUGUUCUAUUAUUUGGUUAAGUAAUUCUGAGUUCUCAAGUUAACGUUGGCUCCAGUUCUAAAAUGUUGCAGGAUUGAGUUGGAGCAAGUGCCACUUUAAGACGUACCUAAAGCCAUUCCUUCUAUCUGAAGACUUUUUGUACUCUCCUAAGAUCUUUAGUUUCAUCUUUGGUUUAUGCCGGUGGCAUAAAGCUGCAUUAUGUUUUUAUGCAUUUUAUGCAAUGAUUACUGUAAGUGGGAGAAUGCAUUAAGGGGAAAAAUUAAGGCAAACAUUUGUAAAUCUCAUCUGUACUGGGCACAUUUAUAUACACUGUAUGAUGAUGAUGAGCAAAAGACAAUGAAUGUUUUAUAAAUGAUAUUUAUUUUGAUGCAAUGGGUAAUAUAUUUAUUAAAUAUUUCCUGACUA